GGGGCACUUCCAGCUCUUCUUCUGAGCUUUCCUUCCUUGUUCUCGUUAGGUGCAUACUACUCGUACAGGAAGUUCCAACAACGGUCGACAAGUUCCUCACACAUAUCUCUGGAAAUACCAUCUUAAAUUCGCGGCCACAAUGAACAUCGCCGUCUUCUCCGCCAAGCCCUACGACCAGGAAUACCUCUCCCGCGCCAACGCCGCCCUCUCCUUCUCCUCGUCCUCUUCACAACCCCACAAGCUCACCUUCCACGAAUUCUCACUCUCCGCCGAGACCGUCCAGCUCGCCCGUGGUGCCGAUGCUGUCUGCGUCUUCGUCAACGACAUUCUCCCCUCCGCCGUCCUGCACGCCCUGCACGACGUGGGCGUCCGCGCCGUGCUCCUCCGCUGCGCGGGGUACAACAACGUGGACCUGGACGCGGCCGAGAAGCUAGGACUGUUCGUCGCCAACGUGCCGUCGUACUCGCCCGAGGCCGUCGCCGAGUUCGCCGUCGCGCUGAUCCAGACGCUCAACCGCAAGACGCACCGCGCCUACAACCGCGUGCGCGAAGGAAACUUCAGCCUCAAUGGCCUGAUGGGCCGAACGCUGUGCGGCAAGACGGUCGGCGUCGUCGGCACGGGCAAGAUUGGCGUCGCGCUGGCGAGGAUCCUCCGCGGGUUUGGCUGUCGCUUGCUGGCGUUUGACCCCUUCCCCACCGACGCGUUCCGCGACCUGGGCGAGUACGUCGAGCUGGACCGGUUGCUGGCCGAGAGCGACUUUGUCAGCCUGCACUGUCCCCUGACCGCGUCGACCAAGCACAUCAUCAAUGGCAAGACGCUCGGCAUGAUGAAGAAGGGCGCGAUGCUGAUCAACACGUCGCGCGGUGCGCUGGUUGAUACGAAGAGUGUGAUCGAUGCGCUCAAGAGCCAGCAUCUUGGCGGGCUGGCGCUGGACGUCUACGAGAAAGAGGGCUCGCUCUUCUACCAAGACCAUAGCGCCGAGAUCAUCCAGGACGACGACUUCAUGCGGCUGAUGACGUUUCCCAAUGUGUUGGUGUGCGGGCAUCAAGCCUUCUUUACUGAGGAGGCCGUCACAGAGAUCGCCGAGUGUACGAUGCGGAACCUGGAAGACUUUGCCAACCGAGUCCCAUGCAAGAACUCGCUGGUGAAACAGGGGCAUGUCUUAGCCAGGCGGGAAUCUCUACCCGUUCGGAUUUGAUGCGCUUGAUUGCUGAAACAGCUAGGCGGACAUUCUGGUAGGUUGUCGGAACUCAUAUAUGCUUGUUGGCGAUGUGGUUUGGCUCUCAUAUUCCCGGGCAUAUGUAUCCUGCAACCGGGCUCGGUCCUUCUUGAUGAUGUCACGGAAUCACUCUCCACUUAAUCCUGACGGCGUCU